AUGUCGACCGCAGCCGACUCAAACGCCAAAGAGCCAACGCAAGAAGAAAUUCAUCGAGCGUUGUCGUCGAUGUGGUCGCUAUUCACUGAUAUCAUGAGACGAGCAAUACAUAUAAUUCACAGAAACCAAUAUUAUUCUUUGUCCUCACUACCACACGAUCUUGUUUUGAACUGCUUAGCUCGCGUCCCGGCAAGCUACGACCCGACACUCUCUUGUGUUUGCAAAAACUUCCAGUCUCUUGUGCUUUCUGGUGAGCUUGCGCAGAUGCGGCGGUACUUACUGGCCAUGAAAGAUUAUCCCCUCUUGUGUGUAUUCAAUAUUGACUCCACUCGUCGUGGCUGGAAGACGUUUCAUUGGGCCACUUUCAACUUAAAAGAGAAGAAAACAAGUCCUCCGAAGUCAGUUGAUAUUAAAACAACUCAAAAUAUGUUCACUUGUCCCACUGUGUCCGUAGGUUCUAAGAUCUAUUUCGUUGGUGGGUCGGAUUGGGAUCAUGAGUUUUCAUCUGGCGUAGUUAUCUUUGAUUCCCGGUCUGGCGAGUUGAGCAAGGGUCCUAGCAUGAAGGUGGCAAGAAAGGGAGCAGGCGUGGCAGUGGUGGAUGGGAAAAUAUACGUUAUGGGAGGGUGCAGAAUUGGAGGCUGCGACGAAGACCAGAUUGAGGUUUUUGACCCAAAUACUCAAACUUGGGAAGUUGGGCCAUUAGGUCCCCAUGGGAAAAUCACAUACGGGAGAGGACAUAAGUGGAAUGAAUUUCGUGAAGCCGUGGCCCUAGAUGGAAAGGUUUAUGGUAUGAGUUUUUGUGAAGGUUAUCACACAAUCUACGACACAAAAGAUGGUACGUGUGAGAAUCUUGAGAUAUCGUAUGAAUAUACACAGAGGAUAUGGAAAGCGUGUGUGAUAAACAGUUUGAUCUAUGUUUUUUACCAUGACAUUGGGUUAAUGUGGUAUGACUCAAAAGAAAAGAUAUGGAGAAUGGUUAAAGAUUUGUGUUAUGAUGUGAAGUGGCACCAUAUGGUGGAAUGCAAUGGGAAACUUGCGUUGCUGAAGAAAGACAGUGAAGAGAAGUUUUGGUGUGCGAUGAUCGCCUUGGAUAAGGUUGGAGUAGAUAUCCAUGGAAGGGUUGAGUGGAGUGAGUUUGUGCUUCCUGGUGAUGGUGGUCCCUAUGCCAGCUGGUCUUGUCUAGGACUUUCAUUAUAA